AAACAAAGGUCAGCUACCGCGCAAGGAGAAGACCCCACAGCGCCAAGAUGGCGGCGCCCCUGACAGACGCCGGGGAGUUUGAAAUCUGGUUAAAUGACAGAUUAGACAAUCUGGAAGUGGAUCGAGAGGUGUACGGGGCUUACAUUUUGGGAAUCCUACAAGAGGAAGAAAACGACGAUGAGAAAGAAGACGCUCUUCGCGGGAUUUUAUCAGCGUUUCUGGAUGAGGAUGCCACGGAAGAUGUCUGCAAACAGAUCAUCCAGCAGUGGGCAGACUAUGCCAGCCGAUCAGCAUCCAUGAAAAAUGCAGAAGAUGCUGAGGUCCAGGCCAUCGCCAGCAUGAUAGAGAAGCAAGCACAGAUUGUGGUGAAACAGAAGGAUGUCUCUGCCGAGUCCAAGAAGAGGAAGGAGGCUCUACUGGCUCAAUAUGCCAACAUCACAGACGAAGAGGAUGAAGCUGAGGAAGAGGAGCCUGCAGGUGGAAACGACACUACUGGAAAUGAAAAAUCCCUGUUCAAGAACACCAACGUGGAGGAGGUGCUGCACCGGCAGAAGCAAAAGCGGGAACAGGCCAAAGAAGACGCUCAGAAGAAGAAGGAAACGGACAAGAUGCAGCGGGAGAAGGACAAGCUGGCCAAGCAAGACAGGAAGGAGAAGGAGAAGAAGCGCACACAGAAAAAUGAACGGCGAAGAUAAAAUUAAAAGAAUGGACAGUUUAUUUAGCAAAAAAAAAA